GAGAGAGAGAGAGAGAGAGAGAGAGAGAAAGAGAGGGUGGGUGCGUUCCCGCAGCAACAGGGAAGAUGGCAGCUCUCGCAUCUCUCACCCAGUUGUCAAGUGGGAACCCUGUAUAUGAGAACUUUUACAGACAGGUGGAUCCUGGGAAUACAGGAAGAGUAGGACCAACAGAAGCUGCCUUGUUCUUGAAAAAGUCUGGCCUCCCUGACAUUACACUGGGAAAGAUUUGGGAUUUGGCUGAUCCCGAUGGCAAAGGCUAUCUGGACAAACAGGGGUUUUACGUUGCUCUGCGGCUGGUGGCCUGUGCUCAGAGCGGUCAGGACGUCAGUCUUUCCAGCCUCAACCUCACAGUCCCUCCCCCCAAGUUUAAGGACACCAGCAGUCCGUCUCUAAGCAGCACAGCUUCUGCCUCCGUGGAAUUACACUGGGCUGUCAGGCCCGAGGAAAAGAGUAAAUUUGAUGGGAUUUUUGAAAGUUUGGCUCCAGUCAAUGGCCUGCUGUCAGGAGAGAAGGUCAAACCAGUCCUAAUAAACUCCAAGCUACCUCUGGAUGUCCUUGGGAAGGUUUGGGACCUGAGUGACAUAGAUAAAGAUGGCCAUCUGGACAAAGAUGAGUUUGCAGUGGCCAUGCACCUGGUGUACCGGGCCCUGGAGAAGGAGCCUGUUCCUGCACUCCUCCCCUCUGCCCUCAUCCCUCCAUCUAAGAGGAAGAAGAGUCUGGGCUCAGUAGCCGGCUCUGUGCCUGGACUGCCUGCAAGCCCUCCACCACCAAAAGAUUCACUGCGAUCCACACCAUCCCAUGGUAGCAUGAACUCACUCAAUAGCACUGGAAGCCUGUCGCCCAAACACACACUCAAGUCUGGACAGCAUUCGGUGAACUGGGUGGUUCCAGUGUCAGACCGUGGUCGCUAUGAUGACAUAUUCCUGAAGACGGAUGCUGAUCUGGAUGGUUUUGUCAGCGGACAGGAAGUAAAGGAGAUCUUCAUGCAGUCUGGACUUUCUCAGAACGUCCUUGCCCAUAUAUGGGCUCUGGCAGACACAAGACAGAUAGGCAAGCUGACCAGGGAGCAGUUUGCCCUCGCUAUGCAUCUCAUCCAGCAGAAAGUCAGCAAGGGCAUCGACCCUCCACAGGCCCUGACUGCUGACAUGAUACCCCCCUCUGAGAGAGGCACUCCUGUACCAAGUAUGUCAGGAUACAUGACCCCGGUGGGAUCAGAGAUGGCUGCUCUGUCUGAGAUGAGACGGGCUAUAAUGUUCAAGUUGUGGGAUAGCUCUAGCUCAAUUGGUUCAGGGGAGUUUACUGGCAUCAAGGAGUUGGAUGACAUCAGCCAGGAAAUAACCCAGUUGCAGAGAGAGAAGUACACUCUUGAGCAGGACAUCAGGGAGACAGAAGAGGCCAUUAGAUACAAGACUGUAGAGGUGCAGGAGAUGCAGAAUGACCUCGACAGAGAGACAGCCAGCCUCCAGGAGCUGGAGGCUCAGAAACAAGAUGCCCAGGAACGCCUGGAGGAGAUGGACCAGCAGAAACAUAAAUUAGAAGACAUGCUAAACGAAGUCCGAAUGAAGUGCCAAGAAGAGUCUCAGAUGAUCUCGACCCUCCAGAGUCAGAUCCACUCCCAGGAAUCAGACUUGCAGAGCCACGAGGAAGAACUGAGCCGGGCAAAGGCCGACCUUGGCCGGCUGCAGCAGGAGGAAAACCAGCUAGAGCAGAGCCUAGCAGCUGGGAAGAUCCAACUGGAGACCAUCAUCAAGUCUCUGAAGGCUACCCAGGAUGAGAUAAACCAGGCUCGCAGUAAACUAUCCCAGAUUCAGGACAGCCAACAGGAAGUGUCUAAAAGCAUUGAGCAGUACAACAGCACCUUGAAUGGAACCCAUGGAGGCAGUAUGACCAACUUGGCUGACAUGAGUGAAGGCUUCAGUGACAGAGAGAACGGAGGAUUCCCAGCCAUGGUGAGAGCAGCACAGGAGGAUCCAUUCAAAGUUAAGCCAUCAGGUUCCAACAGCCAGCCUCAGGAGCUUCCCACUGACCCCUUCCACUCUGAAGACCCCUUCAUAACAGACCCAUUCAAAGGUGACCCUUUCCAAAAUGACCCUUUUGCAAAGCAGCCAUCAGCAUCCACAGAUCCCUUUGGAGGCGACCCAUUCAAAGAGACAGAUCCAUUCAAAGCUUCAUCAGAAGAUUUCUUCAAGAAGACCACAAAGAUGGAUCCCUUCUCCACACCAGACCCUUUCAGUAAAAGUGCCACGUUACCUUCCAAGCAAGCCAGUCACUUUACAAGCAGUGAUCCAUUCUCUUCAAGUAACCCAAAACCCAGAGGACCAGACCUAUUUGGCUCCUUGGACCCAUUUGGCAGCAGUUCGUUCAGUAGCAAUAGUAACAGCUCCGCUGGAUUUGCAGACUUCAGCCACAUGUCGAAGCCCAGAGAUCCUUUUGAAGGCAGGGCCAGCUGGCUGCCAGACUACCAGAAGUCAGUCUUUGUGGAUGACCCAUUCAGCAGGAAGAAUGACACGCCUGCUCUGCCACCAAAGAAAAGUGUUCCCCCAAGACCCAAACCACCCAGUGGUAAGAGCACACCAGUGAGCAUGUCCGGCAUGGCUGACCCUUCCAAACCAUGUGACCCCUUCCAGCCAUUCGGCAGCGAAGCCAUUGAUCCGUUUCAAAGUAAAAAGGGCCUGGGAGACCCGUUCAGCGGCAAAGACCCUUUUGCCCCAUCCUCAUCAUCAAGUAAAGCCCCUAAAGACUCUACCUCGGGUUUUGCAGACUUCAGUUCUUUUGGGAAUGAGGCUCAGCAGUUGGAGUGGGCCAAGCGGGAAAGUGAGCGAGCAGAGCGCGAGCGGCUGAAGAGGCUGAGACAGCAGGAGCAGGAAGACCUGGAGCUGGCCAUCGCCCUCAGCAAGGCUGAAAUGUCCAACGCAUGACCGGGAACCCCCACCACACACAAAUACACACACAAAUUACCUUGUAUAGGAAGGCUAAUGUGCAGACAAGCGUGACUGACAUCUAGAUGACUGACAUAUGCACCUUCACUAUUUGCGUUUUCCCACACUCAGUGACUCAGUGAAUGGAGCAGAAAGAUACAGAAAUAACUUCCAGGCAAGUCUGGCCACUGACUGUACAUUAAUAAACAGGAUGACAAAAUUGUGAGCUGAGAACUCAUCACCACAAAACUCCUGCUGACAUGAGGAGACAGAAGGAGAGGAGGAAGCAAGAGGGGCAUGAUGGAAACAAAUGGAUACACUGUGUAUAUGCACUAUAGUGGUUAUGACUAUAGUGACUAUAGUGACUAUAGUGGCUGGACAGUAAUGUGAUGGAUCCAUUCACUGGACUGAGUUGACCAUUCCUGACAGAUCACCUUGACAGUUUGCAUUUCAGCGUGUUGUUUUUCUUCUCCAACUUCACUCAUAAUCAUGGAAAAUGGUUAAUAAUGGCAGGCUAACAAAACUAUUGCUAUCACUGGCAAAAGAGCAGAUACAGACUUUUUUUCUUCCAUCGUAAAAAGCAGCAGUGAAGAAAAAUAACACCACAGUUCAAACUGCCAAGGUAUUUCUUAACAAGAUUUUUUCCCCUGAUGUAUAGGUGUGACAUAGAAAUAUCAUUGGGCUACUGAUAUAGACUGUCAGUAAGUAUUCAGUGUUGAGGUGUUUUGCUGGUAGAAAACGAUACAGAAUGAUAUGUUACAUAACUAUUUGUUAAUACAGAGACAUAUACAUGAUAUUGGAUUUUCACUCCUUAGGAUUGAGAAUUUUCAAGUCACUUCAAUGUGCUCUCCCAUGUUUUUUUCUUCAGGAAAUACUGUCACUAAUCCAGACUCAGAUGAGAAGUGAGAGGGUCGAUAUUAGUUGUGCUUUUUUCACUUCUGCUGCCUGGCUAACUGUUUCCCUCUGCUUUGUGCUUCAAUAGGCUACACGCUAUCCUGGAUGUAGAGAAAUGAAAUUGAUAUUGAUCUCCUGAUCUGACUCUGGUUGAAAUGAAGCAUAUUUCCCUUAAUAUUAAGUUUUCUUUUUAAUUUUACACAACACCAGAGGGUCAUUAGGGCCCGCUUUUUGCCCUGAGAACCCCUAGUGGGUCAAUCUGUCCCCUGGUCCAUAGCAUCUGCUUUUCUCUUUCAGCUUUGAGAUACUUACACAGGAGAGACACUCCCCUCAUCCUGGCUCAUUGACUCCUCCUGUGUGAAGAAAUAACUUUUAACAUUAGUCUGAUAUGUUCACAUUUCACUCUUGUCCCAUUAUGGGAGGAAAGAAAAAAACAACAGCUUUUCAGCUGCUUAAAAAAAAACUGAUAAAUAUCCAUUACACUGGUUCCCUCUAAUGUGACAGGUACCCGGGAAAUGAAAAUAAGAGUUUCAAAUGUCAACAUAUCCUUUGGAGUGACAAUAACAAAUUGUACAGCUAUAUUUUCUUUGUCACGAGUGUGGGAUUGUUCCGUGGAGAGUUUUCUGUGAUGACCUCCAGUACUCUCUCUCCCGCUGUCCAGUGUAUAUAGAUAAACAGAGCUAACUAUGCCUCUUCUCAACAGCUGUACUCUGAUCCUGAUGCUGUGAUGUCACACCACAUCCAACAGAUGAAAAGCAAGAUGAGGGAAUUAUUUUUUCUACAUUUGACCUGUUUUCUUUUUAGAGAGCGAGGAUUUUAACACAAUUUUUAUGUCGUGAGCUUUUUAUUAUUAUUAUUAUUAUUAAUAUUAUUUUGACAUGUUUUUGUUUUGAAAGAACAUCAGACUUCAUGUAGUUGUUUUUUGCUGUAAUUUCUAUUUCAGUAAUUCAGUUUAGUCACUCCAGUGCUGUACAGACCAGCAAGCUCAAGCUGCAGAAUGUUUGGAAAGGUUUGGAACUUGCUGAAAUCAGGUGUAUUUAGGCUGGAAACUAGAAAUAUUUGAAAAAGUGCUAUUCUGAUGUGUCAUAGUUUGAUGUUCCAUUGUGGACUUAACCACUCACCUUGUUUUUCAAUGAGUUGUCUCUUUACUUGAAGCGGUGACUGAUGUCUGAGUGAGACAGAAUGAACUCAGUUUUGGAGUUUGAUUUCAUCUCGACUUUAAAACAAAACAUUUUUGCUGAACUAAAUGUUCAGAAGACUUUCUGUUUCCCUCAGAGCCCCUCUGUGUUAGUUUCAAAUGUCGCCAUGUGUUUUACAUACAGUAUGUGAAUCUGUAUUCUGUGUGUGUCCAUGACCAAUCAUACACUUAAUCAGUGUUUUGCCUCAUACAUGUCCUGCAGUUGGAUUCUGCUCAGAGCACACAUGUUCUCCUGAACAAUACUUUAAGGGAUGACAUACUGAAUUUUUGAGUCAUUACCAUAACUUGGUAGUCAGUGCAGUACAGUGCUGGAUGUCUUCUGAUGGAACUUGAACAUUUCAGUUACUCUUACAUUCAUUCAAUUUGUUACAGGAAGAAUUUUGAAAAAACAAACUCCUCUCAACAACUUCCAAGGCAGAAAGGAACAGAAAAGCGAUUUUGCAAAAUCAAAGAUAACGCAGGAUUUCUUUGUUCACCAGCAGGAGUAUACUCAACUCAAGUGGGCUCAGCAUGCCAUUGGUGGCUGAAUAUAUAAAAAUUAGACUACCAUUUUAAUCAAUAGUCUUUCCGUAAUACACAGUAGUUUCCAUCCACCAGUGAUGAUUUGAUUCUGCAUUGUUUGUAUUGAAACCUCUGUCGCAGUCAAAUGUUUUCCUUAUUCUGCACCUCCCUGAUUUGUUCUUUCGCCCAUAAUAAGGGGAGUGUAUGUUUUCCACAUUAGUCCCCUAACCAAUUUUAUUAACACCUAAUUUGCCAAAAUGUAUAGGUUCCAUCAAAUAUUCAUCCAGGACUGUGAGACACGAUAUGAUGGUCCUGGAUCAGGGCUAAGUGUCUGUAAAAUGCUAACAAGCUGUAUCUUCUGUAUAACUUCACGACAAACAAAAUACUUUUUAAUCCUAUAAUUUGACAAGCACAUUGUGAUGAAAAAUAAUUUGUAUCUACUAGGAUAGUGUAUGAACUUUGUCUUGGUUUUGGGUCACAGCAGACUCUGAAGACGACUUUGCACUGACUGGUACGACGAGAUGGCCGCAUGUUAUUUAGUUAUAUUUGCUCCUGCAGUCACCACGCUGAAAAAGAUGACGGUACUGAGGAGGUCUAUAGCAUGACUGGAAUGUAGAACAACAAUUUUUUCCAUUGUUAUUACACGUGUGGAACUGCCUGUCUGGGACAAAAACGUUAUCAAUGCUUGUAAUGUGAAUUCACGCAAAUUGGACAGAAAUGCUUGAGUUAAAGUUGAUGUGCAGUCGCUGAUUCUACCAGAUGAAAAUGUAAACUGCCUCUCCCUGCCAUUUUUUUUGUCUUGUUUACAUAUCAUGAAUAUUUACUUUGCUGUCGCUGUUACAAACUGUGUUUCUGUAGGAGUGUCCCUGGUACAUAAUGAGCUUCUCUCUCUAAGCUGUACACGGCUAAAACCUUCUGAAGAACUUCUACCUCUGAGUCAUAAAACGCAUUGGCAUUUUCAAAUCUUUACCAUGCUCCUGUCACACUGUUGUGAAAAUGAUACUGUAUGAGGAACUUUGCUAAUAUAUCAUUAUCCCUUUUCAUUCCUCAUUGAAACCAAAGGGUGCGUUUUUGUUGUCUGUUUUUUUCUUCUCUCUCCAAACCGCCUCUCCUGUUUUUGUUUGGUUCCUACUCAGAACAUGAAUCUUAACCCAAAAAACCCCCCCCAAAAAAACAGGUCACAAAUAUGCAGUUAACGUUUUCUAAAGGCUCAGUUGUUAAUGUAACAUUAGUGUUACAUUACAUUAUGUGCAGCUAGCUGCCAGCUAACAGGCUAGUUUGUUCCCAACUGUAAACCAUUAGUUUAAUAUGGAAUGCCAUUGUAAACAAAAUAUUUUUCAGUUUAGUAAAGUGCCAGCAACUUUUUCACAACAAUGUGACAGGCAUCUUGUGCAGCAAAAAUAAGAAGACUAAUAUUCAAAAGUGUCCAUUUAAAUCUGGUCUUAGUGUGUGUCUGGUCUUUUAAUCACAGCCAAAUGGCUCAGCUGUGUUUUGGAAGCAAACCCUUGGAAACACAUGGAAACAGAAAGCUAUCAUGUUGAACAGAUGUGUGUGUCACAGGCUGCAAUGGUACCUUCUGCUCUGGGAGGAGGUUUGGGCAACUCUUGUUAAUUUCUAUUUCAUUUUAAUAGAUCUGCUCCAUAGUCCAACUGUGACAUUCUAUGGUCUUAGUUAUUUCUAAAUCUAUCAACAGGCCCAGAUGUAUUAUUUUCACACAGUAUAAAUAGCAACCUCCAGGAUGCGGAGGGCUUCGCUGAAAAUGUGAAAGUAGUCUUUCUCCCUUUAGUACCUCCCAGAAGCCAAAUGACUAGCUGUCUUCUCUGGAGCUUCAACCAAUUGUGACAGUUGAUAGCUCAGGAAAAAAGCUUUUUAUGUCAAACUUCAAAGUUCAAGAAUUCACUGAAUGCUUGAAUAGAAAAGCUGUGCUCAUUCCAAGAAGCUCACUGACUACCACUGCUGGGUAUCAUUUGGAACUUUCUGAUCAUUUUUGAUUACAAUGCACAAAUGGAAAUUUGUCUAAAUUCUCUAAGAUGAAAUCAGGAAGUAUUCGAUCAAAGAGUUAGUCAUAAUAAUAUGAAUCCAACCAUAUAUUUCAUGCCAAAUUUUGGUGCUUGACAGUUUUCAACACUCGCUCCUACAGACACAUUUCGAUCAGUUACAAAAUGUAUUCAUUCUUGAUAGCCAGCCCUAGUGGGACCUGUGACCCUCCAUCUGUUCUGCGUGUGUUUCUGCACCCCCCCCUGAACUCAGCCUGCCUGCUGUGUGCUGCUUAGAUUGGUGAGUUCCAUACCAGUACCAUCAUUGAUAUGUAUUUCUCAUCUGAUACCUCCGUUGUGCAAUAGAUAAUGUUUAUUUUUAUUGUUGUUUUGUAUAGCCUGUGAAACCAGUCUGAUGUUUUUGAGAUGUAGUGUAUGCUUUUAAUAUGUUUAUUUAUGCACCUGCAACCACCCGCUUCUCUAUCCCGACUCUGUAGAGGAAGUCCAUGUUUUGAGUUCUUUCCAUUAGCUGCAGAAUCUACAAGCCUUUCAUUCCAAAAGGGUUUUUGUCUGAAAAAGAAAGUGGUAAUACAGUGUUCAAUACUCCAUAUUUUUAAAUUAGCAGCAAUGUUACUAUUUAAAAAAAAAGAAGAAAGGCAUUUAUAAAGUGAGAGUUGAAAAAUAUCAAGAUUUACAACUUAAUAAUUCCUUAGUUUUAAUGUUCAUUUUAUUUCGCUAUAGAAAUGGUGGAAAAUUACAUUAAUGUGUAAAGCCUUUGAAUUCUGUCUUCACUGAUAUGCUGAUGCUUAAUAGUAAGCAGCCUUAGCUGAUUUUGAAGGGACUUGUUUCAUUCUUCAUUCACUUUUUUUUUUCUUCUCUGGUGUGUUGGAUUUCUUUUCUGCCUUCCUAAACUGUCCUUCCUCACAUGAAGGUGAAAUAAUCUGAGCUGUCUUUAUUGAAAUGCAUACAACGUGUAUACUGUCUGUAUAGUAUCAUGUGUAUUAUAUUUGUCCCAUACAAAGUGAAGACGGAGAAGAAAAAGUAACCUUGAUAAGCAACCAUUUGGAAGAUUGCCUACAGUUACACUAAUAGCUGAGAGAACAGAUGCUGGUUUAUUUUGAACAGUGAUCCUCUCUACGUGGUCUGUACUGUUUACUAGAAUAAACAUUUCAGUUAAAUGAGAAUG